AUGAAGACCAUCUUUGCCCAAGUGGCCAUGCGAUCCAGGUCUGCCAGGACCCAUCUUGCCUGCACCCACUGGGAUGAAGAGGAUUGUAAGAACAGCUACAGCUGCCCUCAGUGCAGGAAGACGUUCACACCGAGGCCUGUCCUGCUGAAAAGCACCAUGAAAAGUGAAGUGAGUCGAGUCAAAGAGCUUCAGGAGAAGCUGGAGCAGGAGAUCACUGAGCUGAAGAGGAAAGACGCUGAGCUGAAGAAGCUCUCACACACAGAGGAUCACAACGACGUGACAGCAGCCGUGUCAGAAGUCAGAGAAGAACUACAGGACGUCCUGAGAGAGAAGAGGACAAACGUCUCACUGACAGGGACUGAAGUGGACGUUUUACUGCCACAACCAGAGCCCAAGACCAGAGCUGGAUUCUUAAAAUAUUCACGUGAAAUCACACUGGAUCCAAACACAGCACACACACGGCUGUUAUUAUCUGAGGGGAACAGGAAAGCAACAUUAAUGAGUCAACAACAGUCUUAUUCUAGUCACCCAGACAGAUUCACUAACAUGUGGCAGGUCCUGAGUAGAGAGAGUCUGACUGGAUGUUGUUACUGGGAGGUGGAGAGGAGAGGAGGAGUUUUUGUAGCAGUCGCAUACAAGAAUAUAAGCAGAGCAGGGCUGUCUGAUGAAUGUGGAUUUGGACGAAAUGAUAAAUCUUGGGCGUUAGAUUGUAUCAACAACAGUUAUACAUUUUAUUACAACAAAGUCAAAACUCCUGUCUCAGGCCCUGAGUCCUCCAGAGUAGGAGUGUACCUGGAUCACAGUGCAGAGCGUGGAGGGAGCCUCCGCAGCUGCACAUGCUCUGUCUCUUCCAGCAGACGCGUACGGGAAUGAUCCCCGGUUGGAAGUCAUGUGGGCGAUGAAGGCCUACAACCACGCAGAAGUUUACCUCAAUCUCAUUUCAUCCGUGGAUCCAAAGUUCCUGAAGCUGACGAAACUGCUCGACAU